AUGGACCACGCCAGCCCAAAUUCACUUUAUGUGCAGACUGGCGCAAACCAAGUCUGUACAGCAUUGGGGAUCAAAAUCUCGGCGAAUGGACAAGUGGUAAUAACGGCUAAAAAUGCUGGUUUUGAUUCGCUGUUCAUUGAUAUGGAGCAUGGCUGGCUCUCCCUUGAACAAGUGAGUAACCUUUGCCACGUUGGACUUUUGUCUGGGAUAACGCCCUUUGUUCGUGUGCCUCAUCAAUGUGGCAAUGGGUUUGUUCAGCGUGUUCUUGAUGGAGGCGCGAUGGGGAUUAUUUUCCCUCAUAUCCAUUCGGAAGACGAUGCCAAGAAUGCAGUGCGCAUAUGCAAAUAUCCACCCAAAGGUUGUCGGUCAAUGACAGGUCAGCUUCCCCAGUUCGGUCUUCGGGGAAUGCCCAUAGAGACCACUAUUAAAUUCGCAAAUCAAUCCUUGUCAACCGUAUUUGUCAUGAUCGAAAGUGCAGAUGCCGUCGAGAACGUCCUGGAAAUUGCAGCUGUGGACGGCGUUGAUGUUGUUUUGGUUGGGUCUACGGAUCUGUCUAUUGAUCUCGGAGUGGGAGGUCAAUUCGAUCAUCCGAAAUACAGACAUGCGCUCAUAAAAGUUAGCGAGGCUUGUAGGGCGAAAGGGAAAAUCAUGGGCUUGGCUGGAGUAUACGACUCUCCGGAAAUUCAUACGUGGGCAAUCAAUGAUCUGGGAGUAAAAUUUAUGCUGGUCCAGCAGGAUACUUCACUCCUAUCCCAGGGCGCUGUCCGAGCUGUGAAAGCAGUACCUGCAGUCAAUAGCAAUUGUAUGUAA